UAAAAAAAAAAAGAGUCCGUGACAAUAAUGAUCCUCUUCUCCUGUGUGAGUUGUGCUUGGCCAGGAAAGAAUUUCUCGUUUUCUACUUUCGAAUAAACGAAUAAGAAGCCUUCACACCGCUUCGUUUUGUGGUGCUUGCUUCUUUUUCUCUUCCUUUUCGCUUCUUACUAGUAUUCCUUUCUUCUUCAUUUCGUUUUCUCCGCCGUUUUCGUCACUCAGCAUCAGCAGCAACAGCACCAGGUUUCCUGCGUUUUGCCAUCUCACUGUCGUUCAUACAUGUGUGUCUACUAUCUGACUACACAUGUGCUGUUUACAUUGUCUUUCAAUUGGGUGAAGUCUGACUGAAGAGCAAUGCAGAAGGAUACCAGUACCACUGCCCCAUCAACCACAAGCGGUCGGGUUAGGCACCGAAAACGCUCAAAUGAGGUUAUUCCGGAGGUUAGCAAAGCAAAUGGGACCCAGUUACUGGUUAAUGACAAAAGCAAAUACAAAUCCAUGCUAAUUCGAGCAUAUUCAUCCGUAUGGAUGAUUGGCGGCUUUGUAUUGAUCAUCUAUAUGGGUCAUCUCUACAUCACUGCAAUGGUGGUUGUUAUCCAAAUCUUCAUGGCAAGGGAGCUUUUCAAUCUACUCAGGAGAGCUCAUGAAGAUAGGCAGCUGCCAGGAUUUAGGCUAUUAAAUUGGCAUUUUUUCUUCACUGCAAUGUUAUUUGUUUAUGGACGGAUUCUGAGUCAACGCCUGGUUAACACAGUAACUUCAGACAUGGUUUUAUAUCGGCUAGUGAGCAAUCUUAUUAAGUAUCAUAUGGUUAUCUGCUACUCCCUAUACAUUGCUGGAUUUAUGUGGUUCAUUCUCACAUUGAAGAAGAAGAUGUACAAGUACCAAUUUGGCCAGUAUGCUUGGACACACAUGAUUCUAAUUGUUGUAUUUGGCCAGUCCUCCUUCACUGUGGCAAGCAUUUUUGAAGGGAUUUUCUGGUUUCUUCUCCCAGCAACACUUAUUGUCAUUAAUGACAUUGCUGCUUAUAUCUUUGGUUUCUUCUUUGGAAGAACCCCUUUGAUUAAGUUAUCUCCAAAGAAAACUUGGGAGGGUUUUAUUGGGGCAUCCGUUACCACCAUCAUCUCUGCAUUUAUGCUUGCUAACAUCAUGGGUCGUUCUCAGUGGCUAACGUGUCCAAGGAAGGAUUUGUCAACUGGUUGGCUUCACUGUGAUCCUGGUCCACUGUUUAAGCCGGAAUCUUAUCCCUUACAAGGAUGGAUUUCCCACUGGUUUGCUUGGAAAGAGAUAUCAAUCCUACCAAUUCAAUGGCAUUCUUUAUGUCUUGGCUUGUUUGCUUCAAUUAUUGCACCUUUUGGAGGCUUCUUUGCAAGUGGUUUUAAAAGGGCUUUUAAAAUAAAGGAUUUUGGUGAUAGUAUUCCAGGACAUGGUGGAAUUACCGACAGAAUGGAUUGCCAGAUGGUUAUGGCGGUGUUUGCAUAUAUAUAUCAUCAAUCAUUUGUUGUGCCGCAAACUCUCUCAGUUGAAAUGAUUUUGGACCAGAUAUUGAUCAACCUAACAUUCGAUGAACAAGAAGCUCUAUAUUGGAGGCUUGGGGAAAUUUUACAACAGGGGAUUACAAGGAAAUCUUAGAUUCAUGGCGAGGUGUAUUUGUUCUGUCACCCUAUUGUAUUCCUUUACAUACAGGGGGAAAGGAAAAGAUACUCUGUACAUGCGUUUUCUAUCUUUUGGGUGAGACGAUUCAAAGGUUCAGAAGCUGUCAAGAUGUGCAUAGUGUAUGUUGACCGUUAGUUCCAUUCUGUUUUUCUCGCCCGUGUUUGAAUAGUUGAUUGAUGGCUUUGCUUGAACAGCUACCGUUCACUCGUGAUCUUAAAUAAUUGACAUGGCCAAUGGCAGUAAUUGAACGCCUGUGAUGUAUUCAAUUCCUGGAGGUGAGGGGUGUUAAUAUUUUUCAAUUACCUUAAAUGUAGCUUGAAUCACGUUUUGAUAAUAUAUUCUGUUCUAAUGCGAUCAACAAUUAUUUUUCUUCUUCUAUCAAUGUUGCCUAUAUUGUGAAUGGAAGCGCAGAUUGUAAUGUGUGAACAAAUUAUAUGAUGAAUAGGAUAUAAAUUGUUUUCCAUUUCUAUGCCA